AUGGAGGCUUGGAGCUCCUCCAUUAACAUCUUCGAAAGCUAUUAUUUGGAGCUCUUCGUCACGAUGUCGAGUGGAUUAAGUGGAGGUACCGACUCUUCUCUCGAUGAAGACGAUUUAGCAGAAAUCAGGGAACGUUUUAAGGAGCUGACAAAGGAGAAGGAGAUGCUGAGAGAUUCAAAAUCCGAGAGUUUUGAUCUAAUCAGAAGAUUGGAAUUCCAUGUUAAGACAUUAUCCAAAUCCCGUCAAGAAGAUAAGAGACGCAUCACGGAUUUGGAAAGAGAGCUCAGUAAUUGUAGCCAAGAAAUAGAUUACCUGCAGGAUCAAUUGAACAUGUCGAAUUCGGCCCUAAGCUAUUCAGAAUCACGUGUUGAAAAGCUAGAGGAAUCGAUUUCAUCCAUGACAUUGGAAUAUCAAUGGGAAAUAGAAAGCACAAAACUCGAGUCCAUUUCAUUGGAACAAAUUCUCCUCGAAACUAAGAAAUUGCUGGAAGAAAAAAUGCAAGAAAAUUCCAAGCUGAACGAGUGUAUUCAAGAUCUUGAGCUUCGGAACCUGGAUUCAAAUAAGGUGAUUGAGAGUUUAGCAAAGGAAAAUAAAUAUUUGAGAGAAAAUCUCCAAAGCUCUGAUUUGAAUAACGGAGCAUUUGUGAGGAAAAAUGGACAGUCUCACGAGUCAUUGCUUGAAAACCAUGAUCAGCCGUUCAGUAAAUUAGAGAAAGAUAUGAGCACUGUUUUAGACCCACUCUUUUCCGAACAUUCCAUUGCUAGUGCAUCAGCUGCGGAUUUGCAGAGAAAGAUGGCCGAUAUGUCUCGACAGAUAGAUGAUUACGAAGCCCUUGUGAGACAACUUAAGGAAGAACUAAGAGGGGAAAAGUUGAAAGCUAAAGACGAAGCUGACGAUUUGGCCCAAGAAAUGGCUGAGUUAAGGUAUCAACUUACGCUCAUGCUUGAAGAUGAGCGAAAACGCCGUGCAAGCGUGGAACAAUUAUCUCUACACAGAAUAGCCGAAUUGGAGGCUCAGAUUGCUAAAGAUCGGCAAAAAUCUAUCAGCUGUCAAGAUCUUGUUCAACCGGCGUUACCAUCGGAGCUCCUCCGAUACGGCGUGACCGAAUCCUCUCUCUGCAAAUUCAGGAGAUACGAGAUCUCUUAG